CACCAUCCCACCUCACCCCUCCUCACUUCUCCCUCGCCGCUGCCAGGGCGCCAUGCAGCAUGCGUCGCCUGCCGAGCCCGCAGAGCUGCUGCGCCAGCUGCGGGAGCAUGCCGAGCCCGCAGAGCUGCUGCGCCAGCUGCGGGAGCAUGCCGCCACACGCCCCGACACUCGCAGUCAGACGUGUCCAGCACGGCGUCCAGCACGGCGUCAAGCGCAUCGCGCGCGCACCCAGCCGACGAGGCCUACUGGGUGGUGCACGAGCGAAACGGCCGCGCGCGUCCACCUCAGCCUGGCACUGUGCGGUGGUGCUACGUGACGGGAGAGCCUCCAGCCCUGCGCGCACAUUUGCUGCCGCAGAAGGAGAGCUUGAUGCCCGGCGUCCAUGUAGGCCUGCGCGGCGUUGGUGCGCUCAGCUUCGACCAGCGAGACAAGGCGAGCUUGCACAACAUCAUCCUGCUCGCUGCAGCUCUGCACAGACAGAUGGACGACUCACCGCCGACCUUUCUGCUCGCUCCGAAUCUCCUCGCCGUCAUUGCCGCCUCGAAGCUCGUCGAGCAGCACCUGGUUGGCGAAGAAGCCAAGAUGGCGACGAUGGGCGACGACGUCCGCUGGGACUUUCCCGUGAGCGACAUUCCCGCCGCCGACUGGAACGGCUACCGCGAGUACCAGCCGAUGUACUUCGUGACCGAGCACGCCCGGGUCGUGUCUCACGACGAGCGAGAGAGCGACACUCGUUGGCGCAUGCUCGACCUAGACGGGACGCUGCCGAACCGCUGGCACCAGGACAGUGCCGAAACGCCGCUCCCGACGAAACUGCUGCCGCUCGCGUUCAUCUCAGCGGCCUACUACUUCUAUGCGCAAGUGCGUCUCAUCUUCCGCCAGAACCUGGGAGCAACGCCGAGCCCGCAGCUUGUCCUACUCAUGACACACGUCGAGUACUUGCUCGGUCUUCUCGAGAUCGAUUCGCCGUCGGCAUGGCGGGUCGGUCGCCUGCGUGAGCUACGCAGUCGCCUGGAGGCUCUCGGCGAGCUUCCUGCGCAGGUUGCCUUCAGCGCUGCGCGCCGUCGCUAUGCCUUCGAAGCGGAGGCGGCCGUGCACGCCACUCUGCCACUGCAUCUCCAUCUUGAUCGCAGAGCCACGCCGGACGACUCGAGCCGCGCCGCCCGCAGCAGCGAGAACGCCGCCGCGCCGCUCUCGACGACGGCGCGCGGCACUGCGUUUGAGGUGCACUCGGCUGCCUUCCUCGAGAGCGUCUUUGGCAUGGCACUUAUGCGCGUCGGCGGCGCCGGCGACGGCGGCGUGGACCUGCGCGGCUGGUGGACGCUGCCGGGCGCUGCUGCUGCUGCUGGCGACGCCGCCAGGCCGCUGCUCGCCACGAACGUCAAGGAGCCAAGCCUCACGCGCUCGUACCCAUCGGCAGCCGCCUUCGCUGCUGCCGUCGGCGGCCGCCUCUCAACGAUCUGCGCACAUAUCAAUGCGCAAGGGACAGCCUCAGACAAGCACAAGCUCUAUCGCGGCACGUGGCGCUUGCACGCAGACGAGGGCUUGGGCAGUGCAGGCAAAGCGCCGCCACACGAGCGGCUGCGUGUCAUCGUCCAGUGCAAGGCCGAGGCAAAGAAGCUCGGCCCCGUCGUGCUGCGCGAGCUGGAGGGUGCGCUGCAUCGGCAAGAGCAGGAGCGCCGGCGCGUGUUCGAGCAGAGCGGCAGCAGACACAUGAACGAGGCGGGCAUCGGCGUGCUGUGCUCAUCGGCCGGCUUCAGCAAGCAGACGCUCGUGCGUGCGCUGGGCAGCUCGCAAGCACUGCUGCUCGUGCAUCUGGAGAACGCCGCCGACCCCAUGGCUUCGCCCACGUGCGUGGCCGCAGUGUGGAAUGCGCCGCUGGCAGAAGGCCUGCUUGCCUCGCGCUUCGAAAUUCGCUGGCUGCGCGGCGUGCAGGGUGCGGCCAGCCGGCUGGCAGUCUACUGCGAUGGCGUGCCGGCAUUCGCUGCUGGCGACAGGCGACGAGGCGGAUCAAAAGGAUGAUUGACGGGUCUGUCCGUGGUGUAAAGCAUGCUACAGAUGGAAUGCGCGUGAGAC